CUCUCUCGCAGUUCACACUCCAGUUAGGAUAGAGCUCAAUGCUCUGAAGUAAAAAAAACAGAAACGGAACAGACUUCCGGAAAAAAGAAAAAGAAACAAAAGAACGAGAAAUAUUACCAGACAGAAUGGCCAAUCAUGCAACAGAAAAAAUAAUUAUCCUCAACAAUUAGCUUCUUUCAACAUUAAGUAACAGCUUUAGUAAGUUAAAGACUAUUUUGAAGGUUUUAUGGGAAUAUUUAAAAAGCAUACGUGUCAAAAAAUUCAUAUAAAUCAAAUAAUUGUAUAAUACAGGAAACUUCAGAAUAAUACAAGUUCCUGCAGUGCGUUCAAGGUAUUGCAAGACUUUUUUUUAUAUAAUGCGAUUCUAGCUAUAGUGAGUAAUGAGUAGACUUGUCUCAGGGACCCAUUUCUUUUUUUUUGUUAAAACUUAUCAAAUCCUGUAGUUUUUAACCUGAAAAGUCCGAAAAUGCAAGUUAAAAGUUUAGGAAACCAACAGUUUAAAAGAUACGGGUAUAUAAAGAUGUGUAUCUUUGGCGUAUUUUGACAGGUUAGUACGACGCCAUAUUGCCUCUACCCAUGCUCUGAUUGGUUUGCAUUUUUUUUGUUUUUUUGUUAUGCCAUAUGUUAUUUAUAUUACUUGUGUCAUAGAGGAAAAUUUUCAAAUAAGACGAUUUUCUGAAACGCGAUUUUAUAGAACGCGUAAUGUGUUAUGACAGUUUAGUGUAUGCUGUAUUACCGACAGAGUAAUUAUAUUACCAAGAGAGAACUCUAUAAUACCGAUGGCGAACGUUACACCUCUGUUGCUAUACUUAUAAACAGAACGGCUAGUACAACCAACCAUUGAGAGGUUUACCACAUGACAAUUCGUUUGUUUAUAUUUAUUCCAAAUCUGUGCGACUGCGUCCACUUCAUCUCUAUUUGGAACUUCAGUUGAGUUUGAUUUGAAAUGAACAUCGUUCGAAAGAAGCCAAAUUGCAGAUUUCAAUUAAAAACAAAUUUGUAAAAAAUAUGAAUUUUAGGAGCGCGAAUUAUCAGCGAUAUGAGAUCGUGUAGAAUUUCUCUUUGGAUGUUUCGAAGACGGUGAGGUCGAACGUGCAACGGAUACCAUAAAAAUGCUUUAUACCGUAAUAAGAAGGUACGUAACAGUGUGCGACUAAUGUAAUUACGCGCGUAAUCGCGAUGGGUUUCUUCAGAGACAGAAGAACGUUUACUUCCAUCGGAGAAAGAUGUAUCAUCGGUUUCGAAUUGCGGUUCUGGCGAUAUUGUGGUGGUUGAGCGUCGCGUCGAGCGAAGGCGACGUCGUCCGCAACGAGGACGUCUGCGGGCCUCAGAAUGGUCGACGACUGUACCUGGAGCUAGGGGAGAAGGGUAUUCUAUAUGCGAAGAACGUUUCCGUUGCGAAGAACGAAGCUAGACAAGACAGGUCACGCAGUUUCGCGAGCAACAGUUCCCAUGCCCAAUGCAGUCUCGAGCUGGUGACCUGUCCAUCCUGCGUUAUUAUUGUUACCUUCCAACACGUUGGUUUGGCUCAUCAUUGCGGCGAUGGUAGCGUUGUGAUGGACAGCCCGUGUAGGAAUUUUUCGUCAACACUUAGCCAAUAGGAGCUAAGGCCAUUCGUCGAUUCGUCGACUCUUAGAAUCAGUCGGCAAGGCUCGUCGGUCGGAAUUGUAAUAUGGCUGCCGCUCAUGCCUUUCGUUCAUUUUUAAUCUGUAUAACCUGUCAGUUUGGAUUUGUGACAUUUGGUUUCUUGCAACAAGACUUUCUGACAUGCAUUAUGCGUACUUUUGAAAACUUAAAGGACUGAAACUGGAAUUAUAAUACAAUAAAUUGUGCGUUACCAAUAGUGGAGCUCUUUGUACAUUUGCCCACUUUAUUUAUUAACAUUUAAAUUUGUUACAACAAGAUUUUCUGCCACGCGUUAUGCAUACUUGUGAAUUUUAUUCUAAUACAAUAAAUUGUGCGUUACACAUAGUGGAUCUUUUUCUUUAUUUCUCAUUUCAUUUUUAACAUUUCAAUUUCUAGCAACAAGACAUUUUGCAAUGCGUUGUGUGUACUUUGGAAACAUAAAAGACUGAAACUGGUAUUAUAAUAUAAUAAAUUGUGGAUUAGAAAUAGUGGACCUCUUUUUUUCAUUUCAUACUUCAUUUUUAACAUUUAAGUUUGUUACAACAAGACUUUCUGCCUUGCGUUCUGUGUGCUUUUGAAAACUUAAAGGACUGAAUCUGUUAUUGUAAUAUAAUAAAUUGUGCGUUAUUCAUAUGACAUUAAUUUUAUUUGCAAAUAACACAUAUAAACCUUGUUUUACUUGCAAAUUAAUGUAGAGCUUAAAAUAAAAAUACAUUAGUCUUUUAUUAUAGUAAGCAUAGAGUCUAGAAUGUACAUAAUGUGUCUGAAGUAAAAGUAUGCACAACACAGGACAGAAAGUCUUGUUCCAAGAAAUUUAUAUGUUACUGAUAAAGUGGAUUACAA